UCUGUACAAAAACAUGAUAAGGCAGGGGAAGGGCAGCAGCCACAGUCACGGAGGGGGCAGAACAUGAUCCCAGACACACAUAGAGGGUGGAUUCGUUUGAAAACAGCACGGGAUCGCUGCUGAGGGGCUGGAGGGGCCCAGAGGUGUCUGCAAGGAUGCGGGGCCGUGAGUUAGAUCGGUGAACAGUCCCUUGUGAUUGACACUUUCCGCAGAGCUGUCACCACCCCCCACUGGGUACCCCGGACACCGUGAGGUGCCCAGCACUCAGCAGGGACACGUUUCCCCUGUUCAUGUCCUGAGACUCGGGCUGGCAGGGAAUGACCCUGCACAGACACAAGCUGUGUCCCAGGAAGCCCCACCACUGCCUGGCAGGGGCUUCCCGCUUCCCUCUUCCCUUGGCUCAUCCCGAGCCGCCGUGUCUGCGGUUUCCAGCCUGGGCAGCUUUUCCUCCCGCAAGCGCAGCCCGGCAGCGCCGGGCUCGGUACGAACUGCGGCACCGGCAGGGAGCGGCGCGUUCUCGGUGUGCCGGCCCGGCUGUGCCCGGUCCCCGCAGGGAGCGGCGCGUUCCCCGUGUGCCAGCCGGCUGUGCCCGGUCCCUGCAGGAAGCGGCGCGUUCCCCGUGUGCCAGCCGGCUGUGCCCGGCCCCCGCCGGGAGCGCUCCGCAGCGCCCGGGCAGAGCCGGCGCCGUGCCCGGCGCGCCGUGCCUGGUGCAUGCCGGGGAGCAGCGAACUGAACCGCCCCCGAGCUGCCCCGCCCCGCGUCCCCUUCGCCCGCAGCCUUGGCCCCGCCCGCCCAGCCAUGGCAGCCUCGCUGAGCCGGCCCUGCUUCAUCUCCCUCCACCUGCCCUACAGGCAGGGCUGGGCCCAGCACCUGGCCAACACCUUUCGCUUCCAGCCGGUGGCCGUGCGGGAGACGCCGCGUGUCCGGCAGCUGGCCUUGCGACGGGAAUCUGCCAUCUUCCUGGUCAACGAGCGCCUGGCACCUGCCAGCACCUCAUCCCGUGAUUUCCUCUAUGACGUGGAUCCCCAGCCCGCCUUGGGCACGGCCUCCAACGUCUGCCUGGAGGUGGAUGACGUGCCGGGGCUCUGCAAGCGGCUGCAGAGCCAGGGCUGCUCCUUGCUGGUGCCGCCCACUGAGCUGAGCGAUGACGGUGGUUCUGUCACCUACGGGGUGGUGAGCUCUGUCGUGGGCAACAUCAGCCACACCCUUUUGGACCGAUCUUGUUACCGGGGACCCUUCCUGCCCGGCUUCCAGCCCAUCCAAGGAGCCCCCUCAGCCUCAGGGGAUGGGAUCAAGAUCACUCACUUUGACCACAUCACCUAUGUCUGCCCCCGGGGCGGGGCCCGGGCGGCUCUGGACUGGUACCAGCGCUGCUUCGGCUUCCACCGCUUCCUGCUGAACCCCCAGGAGAGGCCGGCUGAGGGCUAUGUGCUGGGCGGGCAGGGCGUGGGCAUGCUGCUCCUCGCACUGCAGAGCGCCCAGGGCACCCCAGCACACGGCUGCAAGCUGGUCUUUGCCGAGUCCCUCUCUCAGAGCGGCACCAACCAGGUCGACACGUUCCUGGAGCAGCACGGCGGGGCUGGGAUCCAGCACGUCGGCCUCUGCACCACUGACAUUGUCAGCACGACCAGGGCUCUGCAGCAGCAGGGAGCACGGUUCUUCACACCCCCCACCACGUAUUACAGCCAGGGGGGCAAAGCAGAGGAAAUCCAAGGAGCGGGGCAGGACCCCCACAUGCUGGCAGAGCUUGGCAUCCUGCUGGACACCACAGUGCCUGGGGACAAGGGCCAGCCGGGCACUGAUGCCACAGAGAGCCCUGCUCAGGAAUAUCUGAUGCAGAUCUUCACCCAUCCCCUCUUCUCCGAGGAGACCUUCUUCCUGGAGCUCAUUGACCGUCGGGGAGCGCCGGGCUUCGGGGAGGGCAAUAUCCGGGCACUGUGGAAAGCUGUGCAGGUCUACAUGGACCAGCAGCAGUAGUGCAACACUGCAGUCCUCCUCCCUCAGCUCCCCAUCCUCUCCAGUCCAACCCUGGAGGCAAGGACCAGAGAUCCCAUCCCUGGCUUGGCCCAGGUGGGCAGGGACCAAGGGAUGGCUCCAGAUCAAUCCAGAGCCAGCUCAGGGUGGGAGCAGGAUGCUCAGGGCUGAGUCCAGCAGGGGUCUGAGCAUGCUCCAGGAUGGAUGGGAUUUUCUCCCCCUCUCUGGGUUCCCAGUGAUUUAUCAACCACACAUGAAGAACUUUCUCCCUUAGUUUCAUCUUAAUUUAUUGAGACUUGAGCUUGCAGCAUGGCCAAGAGUGUGCUGGCAUAAAAACACUCCCAGAUGUAGAGAGAUGAGGGGCUGCCUGAGGGAAGUGGAUAAUCUGGAGCUGCUCACUGGCAGUUACCACCCACAGCAUGACCAGCCCUGGGGGGCAAGUGGUGGCCUCUUGCUCCUCUCAAUUAAAGAAUUAAUUUACAAGCACUGCUUUGGGUUUUUAAUCCUCCUAUUUAAGAUGUGCUGAGUGCCAGGUAAGGAUGAAGUGGCCAUUUCCAUCACUCAAAGAGGGCGUGUCCCUAAAAUUGAGAGCAUUGCCCCUGGCACCCCACCAGGACUGUCCCCAUCCCUGCCAGCUCCAGCAUUGUGCCUUUGCAAGGGUGCACCACAGUUAGCAUGAACAGUGCUGAGCAGCCCAACAGAAAAAAUAUAAAAGGAUGAUCAAACCCUACAAAAAGUCCUGGAGGCUGUUGUUCAGCCCAUGGGAGGAGCAGCCCAUGGGCAGGAGCUGCACAUCCCUUGGGGACUGAUGUCUGCUGCCCUUGCAGGAGGAAAUCUCCAGGUGCCUUAUUUGGGGUCACCAGCAGUUAAUGCUUAGCCAAGGGACUCUUGGUGCAUUAUGAAGAAAUCCUGCUCUCCCCAGC